AUCUGCCGGUGUACCGCAUGCUGCUACCCAGCUUCAUGGAACAAGAGCAAGGGUGGAUCAACCACGACCGCUGAGUGAUAUCCUAACCCCGUAGCUGCUCGGUCCUCAUUUCGCACCGAAUCGAACCGCUGCUCUUCCCGCUGUAGACUGCACCGCAAUUUCAGCUCCUUUUUAAAAUGUCAGUUGUGGGAUUCGACGUGGGCUAUUUGAACUGCUAUGUUGCAGUAGCUCGAGCCGGUGGGAUCGAAACCGUCGCCAAUGAAUACAGCGACCGAUGUACACCAGCAUGUGUUUCUUUUGGACCACGGAAUCGAUCAAUUGGUGCUGCUGCGAAAAGCCAGGUUGUCACAAACUGCAAGAACACAGUGCAGGGCUUCAAGAGGUUUCAUGGUCGGUCUUUCUCAGAUCCAUUUGUGCAGCGUCUCAAAUCUAGUCUGGUCUAUGAUGUCGCACAAAUGCCCACGGGGACAACUGGAAUCAAGGUCAUGUACAUGGAGGAGGAGAAGGUGUUCAGCAUUGAACAGGUCACUGCCAUGCUUCUCACCAAGCUGAAGGAGACUGCAGAAAGUGCACUGAAGAAGCCCGUUGCUGACUGUGUUGUUUCUGUUCCCUGCUACUACACUGACUCCGAGAGGAGAUCAGUGGUAGAUGCCGCGCAGAUUGCAGGGCUCAACUGCUUGAGGCUCAUGAAUGAGACAACUGCUGUGGCUCUGGCAUAUGGGAUCUAUAAGCAGGACCUACCUGCUCCUGAAGAGAAGGCCAGGAAUGUAGUGUUUGUGGACCUGGGCCAUUCUGGAUACCAGACGUCAGUGUGUGCUUUCAACAAGGGCAAACUCAAGGUUCUUGCCACUGCCUGCGAUCCUGAGUUGGGAGGCAAGGACUUUGAUGAGGUAUUGGUGAAAUAUUUUUGUGAGGAAUUUGGCAAGAAAUACAAGCUGGAUGUGAAGUCCAAGCCCCGGGCUCUGGUCAGGCUUUACAUGGAAUGUGAAAAGCUGAAAAAACUCAUGAGUGCCAACUCCUCUGACCUUCCGCUGAACAUCGAAUGCUUCAUGAAUGAGAUCGAUGUCACGGGAAAGCUCAAUAGAGGUCAGUUUGAAGAGAUGAGUGGUGACCUUUUGGCCAAAGUGGAGCCUCCCCUGCAGAGUCUGUUGGAACAAGCCAAACUUAAAAAGGACGACAUCUAUGCGGUAGAGAUUGUGGGCGGGGCUUCCAGGAUCCCAGCUGUUAAAGAGAGGAUCAGCAAGUUCUUCGGGAAAGAAUUGAACACCACACUGAAUGCUGAUGAAGCAGUGGCGAGAGGAUCAGCUUUACAGUGCGCAAUCCUGUCACCUGCCUUCAAAGUGCGUGAAUUCUCAAUCACAGAUGCUGUUCCAUAUCCCAUCUCCUUGAAGUGGCAUUCUGCCACUGAGGAAGGUGUGAGUGAUUGUGAGGUGUUUCCCAUGAACCACCCAGCACCUUUUUCCAAAGUGUUGACAUUCUACCGCAAAGAGCCUUUCUCUUUAGAGGCGUACUACAACAGUCCUAAUGGGCUCCCCUACCCUGACCCCACCAUCGGUCAGUUUCUGAUUCAGAAAGUUGUCCCGCAGGCAUCCGGUGAAAGCUCCAAGGUGAAAGUUAAGGUCAGAGUGAACAUCCACGGAAUCUUCAGCGUGUCCAGUGCCUCCUUGGUCGAGGUGAUCAAGUCAGAUGAGACAGAAGAGCCCAUGGAAACGGAGCAGACCAAUGACAAAGAUGGAGAGAACAAGAUGCAAACUGAUCAGGAGGAGCAGUUGCAGGAUGAGGGAGAUGGUCAGAAAGAACAAGAGAUGUCACGAGAGAAUGAGGAGAUGGAGACUACCACGGAAGAGGGCAAAGGGGAGAAGAAGUCUGACCAGCCUCCACAAGCGAAAAAGCCCAAAGUCAAAACAAAAGUUUUGGAUCUUCCUAUUGAAAACUGUCCACAAUGGCAGCUAGCAGAUGACAUGCUGAAUCUUUUUGUUGAAAACGAGGGUAAAAUGAUCAUGCAGGACAAACUGGAAAAGGAGAGGAAUGACUCCAAGAAUUACGUGGAAGAGUACGUGUACGACAUGAGGGACAAACUGCACGGCAUGCUGGAGAAGUUUGUGGGCGAAGCUGAAAGGGAUGCGUUGUCAUUAAAGCUGGAGGAUACUGAGAACUGGCUGUAUGAGGAUGGAGAGGACCAACCCAAGCAGGUGUAUAUUGACAGGCUGGCAGAUUUAAAGAAACUCGGCCAGCCCAUCCAGGAGCGCUACACGGAAGCUGAGGAGAGACCUAGAGCGUUUGAGGAAUUGGGGAAACAAAUCCAGCAAUACAUGAAAUUUGUUGAGGCGUGUAAAAUGAAAGAGGAGCAGUUUGAUCACAUAGAUGAGGUUGACGUCACAAAAGUGGACAAGCUGGCGACCGAAGCCAUGAUGUGGAUGAACAGCGCCAUGAACCAGCAAAGCAAACUGAGCUUGACGAUGGAUCCCUCGGUCAAAGUGAAAGAAAUUCAAGCUAAAACCAGGGAGCUGUUCUCUGCCUGUAACCCUACCGUGACCAAGCCCAAGCCAAAGGUAGAGCUGCCCAAAGAGGACGCGCCAGCCGAGCAAAACGGGCCCAUGAACGGACAGGAGAAGGCCCAGGAAGAAAGCGCAGACAAGGGAAUGACUGAAAAUACGGGCAACACCACUUCGGAAACAGAAAAUAAGCCAGAGAUGGACCUUGAUUGAAGCAGCCUCAAACCCUGUCAAGUUUGGAAGCUGGCUGCUUGAGAAUGAAUGGCUGUUUUGCGUGUGUAUCAGUGCAGGUGGAAUGUUUCAGGAAAUGCACUUAACUCAACAGCGGGCAGAGUUUUUAGCACACUAAUCCCAGCUGCGGGUAGGUGGCUCUGUCUGAAUGCCAUGGCAUCCAUCUCUUUCCUCCCCCUGCCCUCUAACAUAAUUCUGAAGCCAGCUGCAUAAAGCUUCUUGGACAACAAGCGGCAUACACCUGGUAUUUAUUUCUGUUGUGUGCUCUGUGUUCUGGUUCGUGUCACAUCAUGGUUUUAAUAAAGGUAUUGAAAAUCA